AUGGUCGAGCGCACGAACAAGCCCUCAGCGUUGAACGCGCCCACGCCUUCAGCGCCCGGCCCACAAGUCGACAUUGUCGGAGAGGGUGGUAGCCAAAAGGUCGUGGCAAGGUUGCCGUCUGGCGAGAGCAUCGAGGUGCUGCUCUUUGGAGCUACCGUUACUAGCUGGAAGAGCAACGGCGGACAGACUGAGAACCUCUGGCUGAGCGAUGCGGCUGACGUGACCGGCAAGAAGCCUGUACGAGGUGGCAUCCCCGUCGUAUUCCCCGUCUUCGGUCCUCCGCCCAAGGACGGACACGCCACGUCGUCGCUCCCCCAACAUGGCUUUGCUCGUGCAUCGCGCUGGGAGUACAUGGGCAAGUCGACUGCCGAAGAUGCUCUCGACUCCAACUCGGUCAAGCUCGACUUUGGCCUCGACCGUCAAUCGCUCAGCGACGAGUCGCGCAAGGCAUGGCCGUUGGACUUUGGACUCGUAUACAGCGUCACACUUAGCAAGGACAGCCUACAGGCUGUCCUCACAGUCCGCAACGAAGGCGAGGAGAGCUUCGAGUUCCAGUUCCUGCUCCAUACGUACUUCAGGAUUCAAGAUGUGUCUAAGAUUGCCAUCACGGGCCUGUCUGGCACCGAGUACAUUGACAAAGUGCUCAAUGCUUCUACGCACACACAGAGCGACAACCAGCUCAAGAUCACAGGCGAGACGGACCGCGUGUACAAGGACAUCAAGCAGGAUACGACAUCGAUUACUGAAGACGGCAAGCCUCGCUUUGACGUGAUCCGCGACAACGUCAAGGACACGGUCACGUGGAACCCGUGGAUCGAGAAGGCCAAGGCCAUGGGCGACUUCUCCCCAGACGACGGCUACAAGAACAUGGUGUGCGUUGAGAUUGGUGCUGUCGAUGGGUGGCAGAGGCUGGAGAAGGGCGAGGUGUGGGAGGGUGGCAUGUUGGUCAAGAGCCACUUGUAG